UGGGCACACAGGGAUUGGGCGGCCGGAUGAUGAACGGCCUAGCACAAAACGGAGCUGUGAUGGGCGGCCAAGCGAUGGGCGGGAUAACGGGAACUCACAUAGGAGGAGCGGGUGGGGUAGGAGGCAUAUCCCCACCCAUUAAUCCGGCUGCUGCACAGUAUGGCGUGGUGACUUGCUUUAUCUGUGGCAAGAACGGGCAUUAUGCCCAAAAUUGUUGGCAUGCCGCUAAUAAGCUGAAACCGGAAGAAGAAAACAGUGAGAUGCGUGAGCUUCUCCAGCGGAUAGCGCGGAGGGAGAAGGAAGAGGAAGAAAAGAAGAAACGGAAGAUUGAAGAAGCAAGGAAAAAGGAAGAAGAUGAGAGGAGGGAGAGUGCGAAGAUGCGUGAAGAGGAGGCACGCGAAGAUCGCUUAGAAUCCACGAUCAUACGAAUCUUGGAGCAGAAGAACGAAGCGUGUAUGUUGGCUCUUGCCCCCCCAGCAGGGGCGGAGUUGAGGAAGCGCUCACUGCGCUCUAAGGCACGCAUACUACGGGAAAUAAGAAGCUACAUAGCCAAAUCGGACGACAACAGCGAGGAAGUGAAGGACGAAGCUGAUAAGCUUAUCGAAGCUCUGGAAAGCAGAAAGAAGGGGAAGAAGAGUGCAGCAACGACGGUCGCACUCUACAGAACAGCUGGGCUGUUUUCCAGAAACACUACCAGAAGCUGGCUACAUUCAAAAUUGGCACGGGUCAUCAAGGAUAGAUUUGGCAUGGAUGUACGACGGAGGGUGAUCGUGAAAAUCCCGUUUUCCGCCCUCGUUGAUAUAAGCGCGGUUAGGGACGUGACAGUGAAGGUAAUCACGAUCGUAGUACAGGACGAAGCCAUCAGAUCUCUCGUCAUAGAGAGACUUCGGAUCACCAGAUUGAAAGGGAAGACCGUGGGGGCUAUUAUUCAUAACUACAAGAAGAAGCUUGUGGCGAAGGAAGAAGGGUGCACAUGCGCGCUCCGGGAUUUGUCACGGUUUCAAGGCCACGUAAGGGUUAGACUGGACGAAGUACCGGGCGUUCAUCGCUUCGUCCUCAACUCCAGAAAUGUCACUAGUGGCCGUACCAUGACGAAGACUCAGCUACUGGAGAAGAUAGUCCAGGCCAUUCCGAAAUGGUGGAGGGCCAGUCUGCUGCAACUCAAGAACAAGGAGGUGCAACGUUGCUUUCGGAUGAAUGGUGUGCCAGCGGCUUUGUCUGAGCAGCAGGUGGAACGUGAAGUACGCCAUAUUCGUGACCUGGUUCUUGUCCCUUUGGCUAGGAAUCCAGGGGCGACACUCGUGAUAUGUCCUGUUCUUUACUUCCAUGCUUUCCGCAUGACGUUCACAUGGAAUCCAGCUUUUAGGCGCUUGAAGGAGGAUGAAGCAGAAGUCCUGGCGGCUUCUAAGGCGGAGUACAAGACGGCUGGCCUACAGGCAACUGCCACGUGGCGUACUUGCGGGAAAUUGGGAAGAGCUUACGUCAUACCGAAAGACAAGGACUUCUCCCGGUGGAGACCAAUCUUGCCAUCAUGGUCGGAACCAUCAAGAACAGCCAGUGGUAGAUUGGGGAGGGUGCUGCGGUACAUGUUGCUCGGCGUUUCAAAAACGAGCCGUUUCAGCUUGAAGUCCACCGAUGGGAUGACGCAGGCCCUGACCACGGCAACCAAGAGACUGUCAAGAUAUGGUGACACUGUUGUCGGGAGGUGCUACGACAUUAAGGACAUGUUCGCUAAGCUUCCCCAUGGGGACAUCACUAGCGCCGUAGCUUGGCUGAUCAAGAUGUACGAAGAUCGCCGCCUAGUGGCUGCAAAGGUGAGCGUCCGUGGAAAAUUGUGUAAGAUGUCAAAGACACUAAGGAGGGAAGACGGAUAUGUAUGCCUACCGUUUGGGAGGAUCUUGAAGCUGGUUUCCUAUGAGCUGUGCAACACUUUCACUGUCUGUGAGGGGCGGGUUUUUCAGCAAAAGUUCGGUAUUCCGAUGGCAAAACACUCGUCCCCUGCACUUGCUGACGUCUUGUGCUCCAGGGCCGAGUAUGCUCUUCUGAUGUCUCUGGGGAAUGACCGACGUGCGAUAGCAGGGGUGAGAAUGGUAGACGACGUCUCUGUUCUCGUGGCUUAUGAUGCCGAUGAGGCCGUUAGCCAUGAAAACACUUUGCGCGUUUUCUACCAGUUCGAACGUUGUUAUCCGGAGACCUUGAAUCUCGUUAGGAAGGAUGAGGGUACUAAUGCGUGGGAAUUUUUGGGAGCUAGAGUGGUCGUCGAACCGGAUCGGGCACCGGUGCACAUCUUCUCACGAACGAAUAACCACGCUUACGUGGACAAUCAGCCUGGACUUCACUUCCACUCUAUGCAGGAUUAUCAGUCCUACUCUGCGAAGAAGGUGAAAAAGAUGACGCUUACCGCAUCGAUGUUGCGUUUGUGGAGAACGGCAACUGACGAAGAUGCUGCUCUUGCAGCAAUUUUGUGUCUUGUUAAGGAAGCACGCCUCCGGGACUACCCCCUGGAGGUCUUCUUCGCAUCCUUGGCUAGGUUUGCCAAGGUGGUGGGUGGUCCUGGGAGAUCUUUGAUCUUGCAGGUCUACCCCCACCAUAAGUUGUACAUUAACUAGUUUUUUGCGUCCUCGUUUCUGAAGAAGGCCCUCACUCGGGUUUUUCACUUUGUCCGGUUUUCUCAGACUGGUUUCUCGGGUUAUCCAGUUGUUGGCAAGUAAGUGCACUAGGGGAGAAGGAACUUUCGGGUGCUGCACGAGUUGUCAGAGUUUGCUGCUUUUCAUUUUCAUUUUUAUUAUUUCACUAAUUUUGGAAAACCAAUUUUUUUGGGCCCGCUACUGAGAGGAUUCCGUAACUGUUUCUUCAGUAUGAGAAUCUUGCUUGGACGCAG